GACAGUGGACUUUGCAUUCAGAUUCAGAAGUGUUUUUCCAUUUUCUCAUUGUUUCUACAUCAUACGCUCGUACUGGGAACUGAGCCGACCUAAAGGUGGAGACAUUCUGCCAGGUUUAGGGCAUAUCUAAGUUUAAGUUAUAACUAACACACCUCUAACUCGAAACAGAAAACUGAAGCCAUUUUCUAAAUCUGUCACUAGAAGUUUUGUGAAAGAACGAUGAACACCAACGGCAGUGUUAUAGUCUUAUUCCUCAGUUUCCUGACUCUAUUUACCUUAACAGACUGUAGCACAUGUCAGAAAAAUAUAUUAGAAGGGGACAGUCUCACCUUUAAACUGACUGACAGGUCGCUUAAGGAUGAUGAUCGAUUCAUUAUAAAAAAAGACAAUAAAGUGGUAGUCCGCAAAAGGAAUAGGAAACAAGAGGGACCAGGGAUCGUGAUAAAUGAUUCCCUGGAGCUCCAACAUGUGAACCUGAGCAAUUCUGGGACAUACGGUGUUGAGGUAUUUGAUGUGAAUGGCACCAACAUAAAAUCAUACUCAGAAAUCAUCUGUGUUUAUGCAAAAGUCCCAAAGCCAAGAGUGAAUAUUACAUGUCAGGAUGAGACAGUUGACUUGAGAUGUGAUGUUGAAGGUAACGAAGAUCAAAGAUCAACUAUAUCUUACAGCUGGCACAAAAAUGGGAAAGAAAUCAAGAAGAACGUAUUAAACUUCUCAAUAAAUGCAGAGGCGGAUAAAUCAGAGUAUACAUGUACUGCCCAGAAUCCAGUUCAUAAAAAUACAAGUGAUCCAGUGGAAGCAGCAUGUUUGAAGCCCACUACACUAUUUUGCUUUGAGUUUUGGUUCAUGGUGGGAAUCUUAGCUGGUGGAGGAGGUUUCAUACUGUUAUUGAUGAUUGCGCUGGUGACUGUUGCCUGCUGUGCCUGUAAACGCAAAGAGAAACAGCAGCAUGCGUUGUACAGUCUGAUCAACUUCCAUACCUCUCCACCUCCAUGUUGUCAAAAAUCAAAUCAACUCACAAGAGGGCCGCUUCCACCAUUACCCCAACCCAAGGAGAAAGGCACAGAUUAAAAGGCAUGAAGGACCGUUGUGAUUCUGCCAGGAGAGAAUACACCAGUCGGGUGAAAUGUACCUGCAACGUCGUAAGAAAGUGGCCCAUGCUUCAUGGCCAAGUAGGAACUUAGAAGUUUCCAACUUGCAAAUUAUCAGUAGGAAAGAUCAGAUUGAACGGCUCUUAAACUCAUAAUUCCUACUCAGAAACAGUUCUCAGUUUUUCGAGAGCUCUGACUUUUCCUAGUUGCAAUUCCGUGACAUCAUUUUGUUGGCAUGAUGGUGCUGAUAGUGAGAAAUUAAGAAACACAAAAUUUACUGUGUGAUUUAAGGUCCAAGUUUGAGUUUCUGUUUAUAUUUGAAAUUGCUUAAUUCUGGGUCUACUAUAUGAUUAAAAUGUUAAUUUCUGCAAGAUUUUUUUUUUUUUUGAUCAAACUGCUCUUUCCAGUGCCAUUAAUAGUGAACUAACCAAACAACACUUUAAUCCCAGUUGUUGCUGUUUUAUAUAUAUAUAUACACACACACAUAUUUAUUUAUAUAUUUACUUAUAGCCUAAUAAAUCUUCUGAUAUGCAUUUACAUAAACAGCAAUAUUGUAAAAUAAACUGAUAUAGCAGGACUAGCAGGACAAAAUGACACAAAGUAAACUCUGAUUUCAUGCACUUCUCCUUCACUUCUCUUUCUUAUCUUGGGCAUAUAUUUUUUGUUGAGUUCAUUUGAUCUUUCUAAUGUGGGAAGUAGAAGAUUUUGAGUUCACAGUUGUCAUGACUACAGCAUAAUCCAGUGCUUUGUUUACAGAAUUGAAACAGCAGAAAAGCAAAAAUAAUUACCAUAUAAGUUUAUUUUGAAGAGCUGGCAAAGCAACAACAGAUGUGCACAUUUAGUAUAGGCUAGAGAAAGUUGUCUAGAUCAGGGGUUCCCAAACGUUUCCAGGGCAAGGCCCCCCAAAUGGCAUUAACAUUUGACCAAGGCCCCCCAUUUGCAAGAUGUCUUUAAAACACAUUAAAAAUACAGACUUCUGAAUAUAUCCCCCAUUUUUAUUAAUAAUUACCUCUUUCAUCUUUACAUUACAUUAUAUUAGGAAUUGAUUUUGUGUGUGUGUGUGUGUGUGUGUGUGUGUGUGUGUGUGUGUGUGUGUGUGGUUGUCUGAGAGUGAGAAUCAUGUAUUUAUUUAUUUUUCACAUCAAAUUGUUAAGGCCCGCUGGGCGCCCCCUGGCGGCCACCACUUUGAAAACCACUGGUCUAGAUGCAGUGGAUGGAUGUAACCCUAUUAAAAUAUAAAACUAUUAAUGGAUAUAUAUGUGCUAUAUUAUGCAAAUCUACAUCUGAAUAAGUGGAAGAGGAUUCGUCUGCCACCAAAAAGUUUGGUCCUUCUUGUUGAUCAUUUGUAAUCCUCAGAUACGCUUAAAAUAUACUUCAAACAGAAAGGGAUCAGUUGAAGAAAAAUUAUUCUAGACAUUUCAACUUCAUCUGCUGAGAAAUCUAGUUAUGGUAAAGAGAGUUCGAGUGAGUAAGAUAAAUUAGAAUUAGCCAAUUAGAGAAGGCAAAUAUGUCCCGUCCUUGGGGUUCUUAAGAUCAUGCACUAUGGUCAACUCUUCAGUGUUCUUUAUUACAUAGGUUUAUCUAUGUAAUAACAUUUCUUUCUGAUUCUGAGAAGUUUUGGUUUCCUUGCUUAUCCUUGAACCUACAGUAUGUGUGAGAUGAAAAAAAAAUCAGUAAAUGACAGCUACUGUAGCUAGCUUUUUCUUAUCAUCUGCUCAUUUCUUGUGUGUAGGUGAUAUGUGAUACUCUUAGCCGGACUUGGACAUGGGUUAGCCUGGGCUACAGCUGUAGAUCUUGGCCCUGGGCCAAGGGAGGCUUCCAAAUUAAUCAGGCUAUGGAUAAAUAUUUAAGAUUUCCAGAGAUCCCCCCCCACCAUUUUUAACUAGAUUUUGAAAUAUGGUUG